AUGGUUCCCUCAGAAACAAAAUAUACCAGUCUGCACCCACAAUACCCACCUUCUCACUUCAGCUCCGAUGUGAAUGAGUACGACGUCGAUCACCACUCGUUUCUCACCAAUCCUAAUCAACAUUCCAAGGCAGUACAGACAGACCGCUGGCUUGGGUUGCAUCCAAUGGCACAGCUGACUCCGUCUCUCAGCGAGCUUGUAUCGUCCUUAUCUCAGCGAGCUUGUAUCGCACUGCGCAUUGAAGUUACUUCGCUCCCAGGCACGCCUACCGACCUCAACAGUCGUCUCUACCGCACGGCACUUGCACUCCUUGACACACUCCACCGUUAUCUAUGGGGAGCACUCGCCCAUUACCAGAAACACGUACAAAGGUCAAAAGCGCACUCGCUCGACAUUCUGCUCAUUGUCGUUGGUUACAUUCUCAUGCACACGCCAUUCAUUCAUUUGUUCUUCUCACCUCGUGCACUUGGUUGCAACCUCAGCGUCGCAAUCUUGUCAUCAUCCAUCCUCGCGUUUACACUCGAUCUCCCCAUCUCACACAACCUUGAGAUUCCUUUGGAUCCAAUCAGUCUCACUGAAGCUCUGCCCUUCUUUGUGUGCACGAAUGGGCAGACCGACGAUGUCCCAGCUAUCACACUUUCCGCUCAUUGGAGCCCGUCCCUCCGCAAUUCUGCCUGGCAACCUUAUAGCCAUUUGAUCGCUUCCCUUACUUCUACUCCCUCCUCAACUGCCGGAAGUCAGCCCUUACCACAAACUAACCGUAGUCCCUCGCGCUCUUAUGCUACGACAGUAGGCUUAAAUGCCACUGCACGUCCUAAGGCAGAGAGUCUCAGUGCGACAUGGAAGGGUACUAGUGGAAGUAACACCAAGAAUUUCAUUGGCGGCGCGUUCGUCGACAGCAAGACAAGCCGAUGGCAUGAUGUGCUCGACCCUUCAACCCAAACAUUGCUCACACGCGUCUCUGAGACCACCAUGGAGGAGUUUGACCAGGCAGUCGAAGUGUUCUCGCUCGCCAGCUAUCAAAUCCGUCAGAAUGCAGACGCACUUGCACACAGCAUCGUUCUCGAGCAGGGAAAGUCCCUUGCCGAUGCUCGCGGUGAUGUCCUCCGUGGUCUUCAAGUCGUCGAGUCUGCCAUCGGCAUCACCUCCAACAUUGUCGGCGACAAACUGGAAGCGAGAAAGCACUCAGCAAGAGCCUGCUCAACGCACAAAAAGUUCGUCUCAGCUGAUUUUUGA